AUGGGAAAUGGGAUUCACAAUAUUCUAGAAACAACUAUUUUGAUAGAAGUACCUGGAAAAUACAGUUUUAUUAUUUGUGAUCUUUUGACAGAAUACAGGGAAUUAUAUAUUUGGAUUUCAACUGGAUCAAACUCCACUAGUGGGAUAAUCAAAAUACACGUUCAGCAUAAUGUGUUUUUAUAUAUUAUUAGUUUUUUAACAAAGCAAUGUUUUCAACGCAUAAAGGCCAAUAUAAUUUAA